AGCCAAUAUCUUGUGCGCAGCAGUCCUCUCAGUUGAUGUCACUAGGGAAUACUGCUGAGUCAAGCAGCACUGGACACUUAGUUCAAGAUGACCAAGGACUGGGAGUCGGUGCAGGCCGAGAUCAAAGACCUGUCAUGGGUGCAGAAUAAGAGGUUGGACGAAGUGAAGAAGAUUAUGGAGAGUCGGCAUAACUUCAAAGCUUCUACGAGAGCUUAUCGGAUGAAGCUGAGUGAAUGGGGACUGACGAGACAUGCGCCGCGGAAAGCGACUAAGGAUAAGAGUGGGAAGAGGAAGGGCAGGCAACAGCAGGACGACGACGAGGACGAGAGCGACAGCGAUACGACGGUGGGUGGGUCGCCUAGGAACGCGGAUGGCGUGGACGACCUACCUGUUCUUCCGACUGUGGAGCCAUUGAUGAGCGUUAGUCAUACUCCCAUCGAUCCGACUCUGAACAUUCUUGAAGGGAGCCAAGACCUUCUGCCUCCUGAGGACCGCCCGGCCCUCGACCCAUGGGCUCAAGGUAGCACCAUGGCUAAUAAAACUGUUAUGGACAUGCUUUCCGCCGUGCUAGACGGUGACUCUCAGAAGCUUGAACAGCUCAUCGUUAAGAACCCGAAUCACGUCAACUACCCGGUCGGUCUUCCAUUUGAGGCGCAUAGCGGGCGAUUCUUCAAUCAUCCAGCUAUGCAGCAGUGCGUCAUUCUACAGCAUCCCGAUCAGAAACUGCUCGACAUUGCCUGCGCACUUCCUUCGGGACCAGUGGUCUGGGUUUUAGCAGCACAUGGAGCGAACGGAUCACGUCAUCCACUGGGUACGGACCUUGCUUUUCAUAAUGCGAUCAAGAACGGUCGCACUUAUACAGUGCAGUCCUUAUUACACUCUGGAAAGUCAAGCAUCCAUGGUUUCCCCGGGACCACAUGGAAGCCCCUGCUACAGGCCGUCUAUGGGAAUAUACCAGACGUCGUCCGCUUGCUUCUUGACAGAGGCGCCAACGUCAACGAUAUGUCUCCGUGGGUCGAUAGCGUCCUCAAGAGUCCAUUGCAAUUCUGCCUAGAGGGCCGGGCAAACCGGUACAUGAACCCUGUCCAAAGAGAUCGCUUCGAAAAGGUUCUAAAAAUGUUACUUGAUGCUGGUGCCAAUAUCCAUAUUCGGCCAGCAGACGAUCAAGCCCUGACUUCCUUCGAAUCCUUCAUCAAACCAUGGCAAGGCGACCCGCUUUGGGUGGCCAAGCUUAGUCCCACGGAGAUAGAGUGCCUCGAGGCAUUUGUCGAAAAGGGCGCUGAUCUUCAGGUGCCGUUCAAUGGGUUUCCCUGCGGAGCGUUGUCACGCGACACCUUUGAGCAUCAGGUUUUAUGGCAUUCGGCUCCGGCAGCAGCUCGGCUUCUCAUCGAUCAUGCGACACCGACGGUUGGUGGAAACGGGGCCAAUCUUCUACAUGAGAUUCUUGGAAGCUGCCCGGAUGCUAAACGACACCCGGCUGAGACGCUUCGAGAUGUCGAAGUGCUUCUCAAACGAGGCGCGGACCCGAACAGGGAGGAUAGCCAGACUUUCACCCCGCUGAGGAGGUGCAUCGAAAAAUGUCCGGCUGUUGACAUCGUUCCUCGCCUGCGACUACUUCUGGAUGCGGGUGCAGAUCCGGAGCUCAAGCACGGCAAUCGAUUGGCGCCUUACGUUCUUGCUGCCCGUAACUUCGACGAGCCUUUACGGUCCCAAGUCAUGGACUUCCUCGUCGCCAAGAUCAAGGGCCGCCAGCCUCGCGUGGUCUACGACGAGACCUUCAAGUGGAGCGAGGGAUACUUUCCUAUCCCGGAUGAGCCUAACUUCGCGCAAGUACAGCGGUACAACGGACAGAAUGGCGACUUCAACGCCAACCUUCAACGUAUGGUGCCCGAGGAUGUUCAGGCGGCCUUUCAGCGCGCAGCUUUCAGUGUUGCGAGCAUGAAUUUCCUCAAUGCCGCUACGGAAAGGGCGAAGAUGACAGCGCCACUUCAGCUCACUGUCAGCGAAAAGGAUGAGAUCUACCAGAUCGUUGCACAACGCCAGAGUGCUGGAUUUCCGGAAUACAGAUUCGACCAAGAGUUCGUAAUGGGUUUACUGAAGCCCCAGAUGGCGCCCGUUCGCGCACAGCUAGGCAGUGCGCUCGACGUAUCUCCACUAUCCGACCCCAUGCUCCCCCACCAAACGCCCAUCUCGUCCACCGCUCCCACCGUACCCGACAUCCUCGCGACCUCUUCCUCCCUCGCCACAACAACAUCCUCCCGCCGCUCCUCCACCUCGUCUAAUGAUUCAGCUGGGUCUUUCUUUAUUCCCUCCACAACGCAGAUUCGAUGGCCUGCUCUGGGUCGCGAAACCAGGCCCGCGGACAUCAAGAAGGCGAAGUCGGCGGUGCUGAAGCAUAAGUGUGCGGAUUGCGGAGAUGGGAAUCUGCUGACGCAGGCUGAGCUGGAGAAGCAUGCGGUGGAGCAUGAGCAUAGUAUGGGGUGUAUGGAUGAGGCGUGUAAGAGGAGGUUUUGCGCUGCUAAGGGGUAAGGCACUUUUUGGGUGU